CCUACUCCUGCUCCCCUGGCGAAGUCUCAGCACCAUCCGCCUGCUUAUCUCUGCGAACAGCCCUCCUGCGUGCACCGCCCUUCCUUUCCUGGGUGCACAACAUCCAAGAGUUUAAAAUAAAAAGGCACGUACACACCACUUGGCAGCGGGGUUAUAACAGUUGAUGGCACGGCUCCUUCUCGGCAAUAGCCGGGGGAAGGAGGCAGGGCUGUUGCUGGUUGCCGAUCAUGGGCUGCUGCCCAAUGGGGGUGGGCGCAGGGAGCGUGCUAUGCGUCGUGGCGUCAUGUCGGCUGUGCCUAGGGCAGAUGGGAGAGGAAGGGGCUGAGAUGGUCAUGGCUUCGUCUGUCGUGAGGGCUACGGUGCGGGCCACCCCAUCGGCUGCUCAGAAGAUAAAACACCUUCUUAAAGAUAAACCUGAGCAUGUAGGUGUGAAAGUAGGUGUUCGUACAAGAGGAUGCAAUGGACUUUCUUACACACUAGAAUAUACAAAGUCAAAGGGAGACUCUGAUGAAGAUGUAGUUCAAGAUGGGAUUAGAAUCUUUAUUGAGAAGAAAGCACAGCUGACACUUCUAAGAACUGAAAUGGACUAUGUGGAAGACAAACUGUUCAGUGAAUUUGUCUUCAGUAAUCCAAACAUCAAAGGAACAUGUGGCUGUGGAGAAAGCUUUAACGUUUGAAAUUUCAGGAUGACUACUUUGACUUUGAAAGCCACAAAACACUUGCUGAAUAUGUGGCUUUCAAAAGCAAGUGCAUUUUCUUCAGGUACUUAGGCUGUGCAGAGUGUGGAUGCUAUUAAGGAAAAUAAGGUUAAUUAAUUUUGAAAAUUUAAAUUGUGUGUUAAAUCCCUGCACUGAUGUUUUUACACUGCAACUUGUGAUUAAUUGGAACCCAGAAGGUAAGAACAUUAAGUGGUGUGGCACUUCUGUGUGUUCAUGUACCGUGGAAAUAAAGUCUCGCUUUUUUUUUCCUUUGCCA